UGAUAUGAUCUUCUUCUUCUUUAUAUGUUGUAAUUAAGUAUGAACAAAAGUCUAGCAAAGAAUCCAGAAGCUAAGCUAGUGUAUUAGGUCAGGUCAUGACUUCUUGCAUCGGAAUGGAUUUCUUCCCCAUUAAUUUUAUGCUUCGAACACCUCAUCAUGAGCCCAAUGAUCAUCGCCAUCAUCAUCAACCCUCCACCGCUCUCUCCCACUCUUUCCUUCCUGCACUACUCCUCCUCCUCAGAACUUCCAUGGAGUAGUGGAUGGGAGUUUAUUUCUUGGUGGAAGAGAUCAAUGAAGUGUUGUGAAGAUGCAUUGUCACAUGGAGAUGUGCAGGAAGAUGUGUCAGAUGAGGAAAAAGGGUUAGUGCAGGCAAGAGAGAAUAAUAAGAAAAAGAGACUGAACACAGAACAAGUGAAGACUUUGGAGAAGAGCUUUGAGGUGGGAAACAAGAUGGAACCAGAGAGGAAAAUGUAGCUGGCUAGAGAUCUGGGAUUGCAGCCAAGACAGAUCGCGAUUUAGUUCCAAAACAGGCGAGCUAUGUGGAAGACUAAGCAGUUGGAAAGGGACUAUGAAUCCCUCAAGAGACAGUUCGAUGCUGUCAAGGCUGAAAAUGAUGCCCUUCUUGCUCAUAAUCAAAAGCUUCA